ACGCGCGCGCGCGCGCGGCUGCGUUUCCGGUCGGAGGCUUUUGCGGAGAGCCCCGCGUCCCUAGGGGGCGGCGGCGGCGGGGGCGGUAGAGGCAGCGGGGGAUCCGGAAGUCAACACCAUGUCGAGUCUGCACAAGAGCAGGAUUGCAGAUUUCCAGGAUGUCCUGAAGGAGCCCACCAUCGUCUUGGAAAAGCUUCGGGAACUCAGUUUUAGUGGCAUCCCCUGUGAGGGCGGACUGCGGUGCCUCUGCUGGAAGAUUCUCUUGAACUACCUCCCCUUGGAAAGAGCCUCAUGGACCUCCAUCCUGGCCAAGCAGAGGGAGCUAUACUCUCAGUUCCUGAGGGAAAUGAUCAUCCAGCCUGGUAUUGCCAAGGCCAACAUGGGUGUGUCCAGGGAGGAUGUGACCUUUGAAGACCAUCCACUCAACCCCAACCCUGACAGCCGGUGGAACACGUAUUUCAAGGACAAUGAGGUGCUGCUGCAGAUUGACAAAGACGUCCGGAGGCUGUGCCCAGAUAUAUCGUUCUUCCAGAGAGCCACCGAGUACCCUUGCCUUCUUAUUCUGGACCCCCAGAAUGAGUUUGAGACCCUUCGAAAGCGGGUGGAACAGACAACGCUAAAAUCCCAGACAGUGGCCCGGAACCGGAGUGGAGUCACAAAUAUGAGCUCCCCACACAAGAACUCUGCGCCGUCAUCCCUGAAUGAGUAUGAGGUGUUGCCCAAUGGCUGCGAGGCCCACUGGGAGGUGGUGGAGCGCAUCCUGUUCAUCUAUGCCAAGCUCAACCCUGGCAUUGCUUAUGUACAGGGCAUGAAUGAGAUCGUGGGGCCCCUCUAUUAUACCUUUGCCACCGACCCCAACAGCGAGUGGAAAGAGCACGCCGAGGCAGAUACCUUCUUCUGUUUCACCAACCUCAUGGCUGAGAUCCGGGACAACUUCAUCAAGAGCCUGGACGACUCACAAUGUGGCAUCACCUACAAGAUGGAGAAGGUGUAUUCUACCUUGAAGGAUAGGGACAUGGAACUCUACCUGAAACUGCAAGAGCAGAACAUCAAGCCUCAGUUCUUCGCCUUCCGCUGGCUGACACUGCUGCUGUCCCAGGAGUUCUUGCUGCCCGACGUCAUCCGUAUCUGGGAUUCCCUCUUCGCUGACGACAACCGUUUUGACUUCCUCCUCCUGGUCUGCUGCGCCAUGCUCAUACUGAUCCGGGAGCAGUUGCUGGAAGGGGACUUUACCGUAAACAUGCGGCUCCUGCAGGAUUACCCCAUCACAGACGUCUGCCAGAUCCUACAGAAAGCCAAGGAACUCCAAGACUCAAAGUAGCCUGUUGGCAGGAGGCCCAGGUUUGGGAGAGAAGACACUGACCCCUGUGUCCUGGCUUCUGGGACACGCAGGAGCCUGUGGGAUCCCAGCCACCCCGAGGGGAAGCUGCAGGAUCGGCCCACUCCAGGCCUCCUCAUCUGGCUUCCUCACCCUAGGCCGCUCCACCGGGGGCACACUGUGCCAUGCUCCUUAACCACCCAGCCCUGGCUUCUUCCUUGCUCUUUGACCCGGGGACCUUUUGCCCAGGCUGCCGAGCAAGGCCGGAGCUCAUGAGGUGGUUUCCUGGGGCAGGGGCAUGUUGGGGGCACUGGGGGCUGGCAGGGGCCCUUCCCUGCCUCCGCUCUGCUGCUUCCUUCCUCCUCUCCUGCUCUGGUCCUCUGGGCUCUGGUUGCAGGAGGUGCUUGGCAAAUGAGCCAGAAACCACUUCUGGGGGUUGGUGCUUAGGCUUCUCUGUGGGGAAGGUGACACUGUGAAGGAGCUAAGAAGCUGCCAGGCCCAGGUCACACCCUCUAUCCCUUUCCCACUGAGUGUUUGUUUCUGUCUUUAGUCAUGGGUAGGUGUGUAUGUGUCUCUCCAUCCUCCAGGUGUCUGCUGCUUGUGUGUGUGUGUCAGUGCGUGCGUGAGGGGGUGGGCGUAUCUUUGGUGUUUCUUCUCUGUCUCCCUCCCUUCCAGAGUGUGUGUGACUCUCUCUCCAUUCGCCCUCUGCCCUUCUCUCUUGGGGUGCCUUAUCCCCAGCCUCUUCCUCCCUCUUCCUUUUCAUUCCUUGAACCCCAGAGACAGAAUGAGGAGUCUGGCUUAGCAAAGUUCCUGGGGGUCAGUUCUGCCCUGUGCCCGUCCCCAGCCCUAGACUCCCAGGUCCCACAGACUGGGAAGGAGUCCACACUGCCUCACUAGAGGGCCCUGAAUGUGUUCCCAACAGAAAUCUUGGAAACCAAAAGCUGCUGAGAAAUGAUGGCCCACAAAGCUUUGGGCCCCUUCCCCUCCUUUCUGCCCAGGGUUGGAGGAAGAAGAGGGAGAGCUGGAUCUUCCAGAGAUUCCCCCCAAAGGCCCUUCUUUCCUAAAGUAAAAGGACAUGAAAGUGGUAUUGUACCAGGGGUUGGGAUCUGAAUGAUUCAGAAGAGCAGUCAUUCCCGUGGCUUCUGGGUCCCCGCCCAGGGUGGUAAGUCCCUUAAAGGGCAGGUGGGACCAAUGGGAUCCUCCCUGAGCUUCAAAGCCCUGGGUCCUGUCAGUGCCAGGAGAGCCAGGUGUCCCCCCAAGCAGGGUGAAGGAGCUGCUGCCCAUCCCUGGUCACCUGCUUGGGCAGUUCUGGGAUUUGGGGCAGGGGCACUCUGAGCAGGAGCAGCUGGUUUCACUUGCUGCUGGACUGUGGGAGGAGUGGGCUUAUUUUGACUAAGCCCUUCCUCCUAUAGUGAGGAUGCAGGUGGUUUGGGUCUGGAAGGCUGGGCAGUGUAGCAGGGGUCCCCAACCUCUCCUCAGACUGGCCAGCAGUGGCCCGCCCGUCCCCGGAGCCUUCCCGAGUCUGGCAGCCAGGACUUUGUACUGGACUUCCCAGUCUGCCAGGCCUGGCUGUGGGCCAGGAAGAGCUGUCUCCAAGUGGCUCCUAUACCAGACCGUAUCUUGGAUGCUCCUGGGACUUUAUGCACUUGCCUUUUGCCUCCUCCUCUCCCAACAUACAGUUUGGGAGAUUUUUUACUAUUUAUUCAGACUCCUGGUUAUUUAUUGCAGACUGGCUAGUGCUUGAUUUGGUGGUGAAGGGUGGGGCCAGGAGGGUAAAAAGCAGUUGGAGACAGUCUUCCUGACCUUCCAAGGUCAGAGUAGCAUCCUCUCCCCCUACCUCUGGGACUGUCCCUAUUUUCCAGCAGGUCCUGGCUGGUAGGGCUGUGAGCUAUGUACUGGAACUGAGGGUAAGCGAUAUAGGAGGGCUGGCAUGGAGUCCAGACUGCAAGCCCCCAUCAUGGCACAGAGACACUGCUUCCCCGAGGCCUGGCAGCCUGACUCAGCCUCUUCUCAGAACUUGUCAGCUGGUGGUUCAGUCCCACUUUGGGUGUUUGACCCUUUUACAGCCUGAGGCUUAGGCCCCAGCCUGGGACCCAGCAGACUGCCCAGGACACCUCAUGCAUUCCCUCUUGCCAGUCCCCCUGCCUUCCCUCCUGGGGCCAUACUACUUGAAUCACUGCAUCUGAUUCGCCUCAGUGGCAGGCUUAGGUCCAGUGCUCUUCGCUUGACCUUGGAAUGAGGGUCAAGAGCAAAGGACCCUGUCCAGAUGAGGCUGUGCUCCCCAGUGGGAUACUGCCUAAGGAAAGGACGGACCCUUGGGGAUUCCCCCUCCUGAGAUUCUCCAGGGAGUGCCCUGAGAACCAGAGGGCCUGAGGCUUCCCAGUUGGGAAGCUGCCCCCAGGACUUUGGACACUUAUAGGUUGGGCUGUACGAACUCAGCAGGUCUCACUCUCGAGUCAGAAUGUGAGUCUGCUAUUGUUCAUUAGUUUUAUUCCUUGAAUCAAUGCUGUUGAUGACAAGUUGUCUUUAAUAAAUCAUGUGUUCUUUGCAAUGGG